AUGGGGGGCAGAAGGCGUCGCCAUAGGGAGAGGGCAGAGGAGGCAAUCAACGACGUCAACGUUCGUUACACGAAUUUUGUGUGGCGCGUCGUGGAAGGAGAACCGGGCCAUCCGGAAACGAGGCCCGAGUUCGUGGAAUCGGACCUGUUCGCCAGCGAAAUGAAUCAAUGGGCAGUUCCGGUUCCAGCCGAACUGAAUCGUGGGGAACGCCCACCACCUGAGCGGGAGGGACCCGCCGAACCAGAACCGCAACCUGAGGAGGAAGAAGAAGACGCUAACAACAUAAUGGACUUUAACGAAAUUAACAAUAUUGACGACAAUAACGAUAUUAACAACGACAACCCUAACGACGACAUUAACAUUAACGAAGAAGAUAACAUUAACGACGACGAUAUUAACGAAGAUAACCAAGAAAUUAACGACGACAUUAACAUGGCCCAACCACAAGAGGGGCCUGCGCAGCCCCGCUAUUUUCUGCGCAGGCCCCACGUCCCCAGGCAGCCACUCAGAAGGCAGCACGAGCCGCAGGUAUUCCGGCCGCACAAUAUUGAGAAUCUGCGGCCGGAACAUCAAGCCGAGUUAACGGCACCAGAACAAGAGGCAUAUCACGUCAACGACGACAACACAAUCUGGUGCCGUUUACCCGGCUGCGCCAGGCCCAACCAGCCAUUCAAAACGGUUCGGGCCUGGAAGAUUCAUGUGCAGAGAGCCGCCUGCCACAGAGGCGAGACUCUCUGCACAUCCUGCGGCCACCACGUGGCCAUGCCCUCCUCGGCGCACCUCUCGGCCGCCGAGAUCAAAACAAUCAUGGACGCCCACAAAACCGAGAGGUGCGUCGGCGCCACCAGACAAGUUAUGAAGGCGCGCAAAACCGCCGCCGAGCGCCUAAUGAUUCUGGGCCGCGAUAACUCGCAUAUCGCGGUUCCAGAUGAAGACGCGGAAGAGGUCCAGGUGUCCUCGUCCAAUCCUCGCAAGAGGCACCUGGCCUCCGAGGCGGCGUGGAGGGCAGACCAGUGCUGCCUGUACCUCAAAAGGUUCAAGGAAGACCAUCCCGAUCUAAUGGCGCAGAUCGGGAUGGAGCAUCAGCUCAGAUUCGACUGA